AUGAUCAUCUUCAAGGAUCUGAUUACCGGUGACGAAAUGUUCACCGACUCGAGCAAGGUCAAGCUCGUCGACGACUGCAUCUGGGAGGUGACGUGUAAUUACGUGAUGCGCAAGCACGGCGAUGUGGCCAUCGACGGCUUCAACCCCUCCGCCGAGGGCGAGGACCUCGAUGAGGGCACCGAGGAGGUGAGCGAGUCCGGCUACGACAUCGUCCUCAACCAGCGCCUGCAGGAGACCAGCUACAGCAAGGCCGACUUCAAGCUCUACCUGAAGAACUACACCAAGAACCUGAUGGAGAAGUGGAAGGAGCUGGAGUGGAGCGAGGAGAAGAUCAACGACGCGAAGGCCAAGCUGACGAACGCCGCCAAGAAGGUCCUGCCCAUCGUCGGCGACGCCAAGUUCUUCAUGGGCGAAAGCACCAACCCCGACGGCAUCAUGGGCAUUCUCGAGUUCCGCGAUGGCGACGAUGGCAACGAGAUCGCCAUCAUGAACUUCUUCAAGCACGGCCUCGAGGAGGAGAAGGUCUAA